AUGAUAUACAAACAGCAACAAGAUGGAUCGUACAAGUUGUUUGCAGAAUGCUUGUUUGAAAACAAGAACGAGACGCAGUACUAUGUUGUGGGAUGGUACGUGGAUUCGGUAUCAACCCCGGUAUAUACGACAGGCAUAUCAAAGGCGGUCGUUGCCGGUUUCAACGCUGUUUCCGUGUCCAAUCUUGUAGCCGCCUAUCGCGCAAAUUCUACGCUAUCUAAAACGUGUGCCAUUAAUCGCAGGUGGAGAUGUUCAGUAACAGUCGUUGAUGCCACCGGAAAAUCUCUUCUGCCUGCCGUAGCAAGCAAGUAUGAGGACAUCAUCAAGAUUGAAACUACAUACGUUACAAUGAACCGAGGAGCCAGUGCGGAAAUCUUCUACACCAUCAACGUCCCUAUCCUGUGUCAACCGGGAACACAAUGUGGAAUCAACGUAAAAGUCUAUGAUGAAAGUGAUGAUUAUAAAUGCGGAAACUCAACGCUGGCCGUGCGGCACAAAAGCAUGUGCGGAGACAUCGUUGCAGGUGCCAAUAAUAUUGCGAGCACCACUGACAGUAUGAACAAGUCGAUAAAGAUUACAACAAAGAACAACAACUGGUUUGUGCUAAAAGACACGUUUACGCUGACCAUGGAGAUAGAAGGCUUUGGAAAGGUGGAUGAAUUCUGGGACAACUGUAAACUUAAUACGAAAAUCAAGGUCGAAAUAGAAACCGAGAUAUGCAAUCGAGGAGGGGCUUGCACAUGUGGUGUGACUGUGAAUGCGGGCAAGGACGUGUUCGCUAUCAACCAUUGUGGUGGUUACCACAUGAUCAAGACGAUCCAGAAUACGGAGAAGAUCAUGAGUGUCAGGGAACAACCCGGGUACAUGCAUACGUUCUACCUGCCACAAGGCACCAUGAUCAACGUAGACUACCAUGUGGGCACUUUCUGGAAGACGAUGAACAUCCAGAUCUUCCCGUCGCCCGACGACAUGGACAACACGGAAGGACUGUGCGGAAACUUUAACAACGACUGGGAGGACGACUUUACCCACAGAGACGGUACUGUAACCGUCGCACAGGGAGAUAGGUACUGGAAUUGGUUCUUCUCGUUCAAAGACCCGGACGAGUUCAGCGAGUCAUGGAGAGAAGAGACUCCUCUGUUGAAAUUGGCCCAAGAGGGAAAGCUUGAUGACGUGCUGAAUCCAUGGGCCGAUGAUUCCAAGUACUGCGUGUGCCCAUUGGUGGGUGGAUCGCGUCAACCAAUGUGCCACAAGAAGGAAGACAAGCAGUGCACAAACUCAAAGUUCUACGCUGGAAAGGAGAAGAUUAUAAUUGAGGAGACGAAGAGGUCCGUGGAUAGUCAGCAUAUGGAUGACCUUGCGGAACGAUUGGGGAUGUUGGGAAGAAUGAGGGAGAUGAACAAACUUCAGCGAAAAAAGAGGGAAGCUGAAGAGUAUACCAAAGCAGAAAUAGACGAUGCAAAAGCUAAAUGCGAGGCUUACCUAAAAGAUGACUGCAUGGACGGAAUAACAAUACUUGGAAAUAAGACAGAGAAAAGUACUCUAGACUGCGCCAGGGAUCUUGUGCUGAAUCCAAACGCAUCGGAUGCCCAACAAGGCAGCUGUCGUGCAGUGAAGACCACCAUAGUCACCACUUUUGUCAAGGACAUAGAGGCGCAGGAUACAUACAAAGAACAAUUCGCAAAGGUCAAGAAAAUGUGUAUCGACGACUGUAACGGAAAUGGGAAAUGCAAUGACAAAGGAGCCUGCGAGUGCGAUGGUGACUACGACCCGCUGACGAACUGCUCACUGAGCCGCAGUCAGAAACCCACCCUGCAGGGCCUGAGUGGAGGAGGGCUCAAGGACGGCAAGUGUGACCGGAAGGCGGCCGGCUGCAACGCGUUCACCAUUGCCACAAGCGGAUGUACAUCACAGAGUACAUGCAAAGCGAAUGUUACCACGCACUACAGUGAUGAAACAAAAACAGUCACAGAAAAGGAGCAACCCUGUACAUGCGUAAACGGUUUUGAUGUCGAAUAUGACGUCAGUGCCAUAACAGGUGCCCGUCGGCGUCGAUCCAGUGACACCGUGCCUCUUGGAACAACGGUUGGCGUUGCAGUCAGCAAUGACGGUAGCACAUACAGCGAAUCAGCGUCCAACGUUGAUAUAAUUCUGGACAGCACUUGCAUAACAAAAGAUGGGACAAAGUUUGUGCUCGCCGCUGGGUACUGUCUCAUUGACGGCGUCUGCCAUGCUGCUGCGGUAACCGAAAAUGAUGGAUGUUAUACCUGUGAUAUGGCCAACAGAUUUGAAUGGACAAUAUCUAAUGAUUACUGUGAGAUCGGUGGUACUUGUUACAAUGAAUCGGAUGCCAAAUCAGCUGCUGAAUCGUGCCUUACGUGUGUGCCAUCAACGAGUCAAACAGAGUUCACCCAGACGGCUGACACCUGUGUCAUCGAUAAUCAAUGUUAUGAUAACAACGGCUUCGAGAUGGGAAUACCCUGUCGGUAUUGCAACACAGAUAUGGACAUUACAUCAUGGACAAUGAAGGACGACACGUGCUUUAUCUCGGGUGGUUGCUAUGACGACAAAGCCGACAAUCCAUUGAACGGCUGUCUGUAUUGUGACUCAGAUGAAUCCAUCAGCGACUGGCAGACUCAUGUGAACAAGACAGAAUGCCUAUCCGAAAAAGACGCGGUGUCCGGAGCUGUCAUCGCGGCUGCUGUAAUCGUCCCCAUUCUGGUGUUAGGAGGAAUCGGUGCGGGAAUACUCAUCUACAAGAAAAUGCAGACGAAAAAGAUUAUGGAUGCAAGAAUGAAAGGAGGUUUAUACGACGAAACACCAAAGAACGGCCAUUUUCGCACACGCGUUACGCCCACUCCCUACGACCCAGUGAUACCGGCGAUGCCCUACAAUAUUCCGAAAGAUGAGAUUAACCCGGACAAACUAAACAGUAGACCGGACAAUCUGUACUCCGACGACCAGACUAGCCAGUCGAUUCAUACGCCUAUUCCGUCGCCCGCCCCCAAGCUUCCGGCGCCUCCCGUGGGAUUCACAUCCCCGGCGCAACCGAUGUCAAGCGCCUCGACAGAGAUGGAGAAAUUUCAGGACGCCGGCCACUACAACACAAUGUUGAGCAUUGCCGACGAAACCAACGCUUAACCUGUGAUGAAACUACCAUAUUUGACUGAACAAUGUAUACUACUUUAAGCAUUUUCUUUUCAUUAUUGAUAAGGGAGUGUUUUUUUUCUACUUUAUAGGUUUGAAAAACUCGUAUGUAGAUAAUUUUGAAAUAGUGUUUCUCGUACACUAUUUAAUAAUCAAACUACAUUGAGAAUUAUUCUUUCUCCCAUUUAUCUUUUUGCGAACACUCACCCAGUAACUGUUAGUGUAUUUGUUGUGAUUGCUUAAAAUCAUAUUACUAUUUAUAUCUCAUACUCCAAAGAUAAUUAGAUAAUGGUUCAUACUUUUAAGAUGGCCCAGUUUAAGGUAAUUCAACUGAUUAUUACGUAUCUAAGCACACAUGUAAACCAAACCAAAGUUUCGUCAUGUUGAAAUUUCAACCAUAAUCUGUCUCACUGAUUUAAUGUAAUAUCUUCCUUCAACUCUUCUAUGCUUUACUCGUUUCUGUAUCGUUUAAAUUGAUAAUCAAACAGGCUGGUCCUGUACUUUUAAGUUUCGUUUUCGAGGAGUGAUGUUCCACAUAUAUUCUUCUAAAGGAAGGACUAGUUUUGAAAUAAAGUCGAUCAACACCUACAUGUAAAUUACAUAGAGGAUCAGAAUAUUUGUUUUUGGAAACAAAAGAGUGUAUCAUUUUUAUAAAGUUGGUGAAAGAAGAUUUACUUUCGAAACGAAAGCCGAUGAAAUAAAUUAGGAAUACGUUAUACUAAAUUUUGAACGACUUCGAUUACUAAUAAAAACUUAGAAUGAGACGUAAUAAGAAAGGCAAAUAACACUUGUAUAAUAUGUGAAGGAUUACAUUUGGACGAACGUCGGUAAUCAAUUCCAUUCGAAAAAAUAAGAAUGCUUUUCUUGGAAAUUUAAGUCGAUUAACACUUUUAAAAAGACGAAAGAUGAAAUGAUAUAUGUUAUAAUAUUAUAUUUGUUUUUCAACAAAUAUUGCUUAACGCUUCAGUAGAAACGUUUCUGGUCAAUGUCCGCACUGGCAAGUUUUAGGAUUUUUUUAAUGAAUUAAACGAAAAAAUAUAUGACUAACCAACCAUACAAACAUUUAAUAAAGGUCAGGAAAACUUGUGUUAAAAUACACUGUUAAGAAUAACCACCUUUUACAGAUUCUUUUACUCAUUUCGAGUCAAUUCAUAUACGGUAUUUUUAUGUCAGUACUAUAUGUUAUUGAAAACAGACAUCAAGUUCUAGCCAUGAGGCGAAUGAAUUGUAAGUUUUGCUCGUGAUAAACCAAGAAUGUUAAGAGUAAGAAACAGCUAUUGCGCCAGUAAUGAAACUUAAGUGUUUGUUAGAAUGCAAUGACUCCUAUGCCACUAUAGUUGACAAAAAAACGUAGAUUAAAAUGUGUGUGACCUUCGUUCUUUUAUUCUGCAAUUGUGAUAUAGCAUAUGAUGAUUUUUCACGCAUGAUAGCAUAAUAAAUACUUUAAGUGGAUGGUGUACGUGAAUUUAGAAACAAAUGCGAAUAUGCAAAACAUAUUAAUUUAUUGCAGCCCAUUUGAUUAAUGAGUUAUGUAAAUUAAACAUAUGUAUGUAUAUCGUCGCUCUAUCAUGUUUUGCCGAGAAUUUUAUAUUGCCUUCAUACCUUUAGCCGUUGGAUACUCACCUAAUAUAUCAAAUUGUGUUUGUGUGUUAAUGUUUUCUCUCAUUCAUUGUUGUGAUAUUUCCAAGUCCCGCGUAAACACCCACACGUUGUUUUCUAAAUUGUAGCAUGGUAAAUAAAAACAACAUGAGCAUGUUCAUACAUUUACUUGAAACAAUGUGUAUAUACGAUCUUUAUGGAAACCAAUCGCAUUCCUAGAUAUGAUUGUAUUUAUUAUGCUACUUCAUAUGAUACUACAUUGUUGUAUUGGGUUGAUUAACUUCUUCUAUAAAUAUUGUUGUACGGAUAAGUGUUUUUAAUUUCUUGAAAACGCAACAUUUUAAUUUGUUUGUAAGCGUAUUUGAAAAGCAGUACUCUGCAGCGGACUUGGAAAUAAAACGACUUCAAAACAAAAUUGUGUAAAUUGUCUGUUACAUUUUCAUAACAUAUCAACCAUCUAUAUUAACUUGAUCACAAUAAAGAUGUUAUGUUAAAACCAAUCAUACACGUGUAACACGAACGAAAAACGACACGUAUAUUCGUGUACUAAGUACUAUCUACAGAUGUCGAAUAAUGAACUGUUUUAUAAUUAU